ACCGGUCGCUGAUCCAUUACGACGCUAAGUCCAGUCGAAGUUCCGUGGCGGGCGCUUUCGAACCCGGGAUUUGAAGUUGUUGCCGUUUUUCGAGGACGUCACGUUGUUCAAUCGUCCACCGGAACCAGAUUGGAAUCGAGCCGCCCUGGGCGAGCCAGUCUUACGUUCGGAGAAGCGAUGCCUCACGCAGCAUCCGACCAACAAUCAAUACCAGUACCGGCCGGCCUCUUGCCCUAGAUUUUGAGCUAUGCUGGAAUCGCCCAAUUCCUGAUAAAAGCCAUGUGAAAUAAAUGCAAUGGUGAGGUAGCAGGAUGUUUGACAAAAGAUGCUGCCGGCUCGUUUGGGGGCUGAUACUUCUGGGAGUGGUUGGAUUCAUGAUCUGGCGCCUUUCCGGUUGUCCAGGGCCACCUAGGACAGCGCAAUUACCGGUGCUUAACUACCUUCCUCUCGUACCCAGCAAUGCAACCACAGCACCUGCACCAUACCAGAUCCAGAUCCUACCCCCAGACGACCUAUCGACACUAAUCAACCUUAAGGAAUUCUCGUUUCUCAGCAAGUACUCUUGCAAUGCUACACCGUUAGUAGCUGUUAUCGUACACUCGGCUCCUAACAACAUAUACCACCGUCGUAUGAUCAGGUCUACAUGGGGUAAUGCCUUGGAUAUCGUCUUCAUGGUUGGAGAGACAAAUUCAUCCUCUAUACAGAAUCAGCUUGAAGAAGAAAUGAAAGAACACAGUGAUAUCGUUCAAGGUACCUUUAUUGACUCAUACCGUAACAUGACAUACAAGCAUGUUAUGGGCCUUAAAUGGGCUACCUACCACUGUCCUGGUGCGAGGUACAUACUGAAAACUGAUGAUGAUGUGUUUGUCAACACCCCUUUCCUCCAAGCCUUCUUGAACUCUCAAGUAUCACCUCUUGGUGCUAGAAGGCUUCUCCUUUGCAAUGUCAUGGACAGAACCAUAGUCAAACGAAGCUACAGAUCAAAAUGGCGUGUGACACCAGCAGAGUACUCAGGUAGGUGGUACCCAAAAUACUGCACUGGUUGGGCUGUCCUCUAUUCACCCGAUGUUGCCUUCACAUUGUAUGCAGAAGCCCAGAAGUCCAAAUACUUCUGGAUCGAUGAUGUGCACAUUACUGGCACUCUUGUCGCUAAGACUAACAUUACACACACAACGCUUGGCUCCUUGGCGAUCCUAGAGGAAUUCACCAAGAACCUUGUCUACAGUGGGCAGACCAAGUCUGACUUUCUUUUCAGCCUCACUUCACCCAAGUACUUCAAGUACCUAUGGGAUAUGGUUAACCACCCUCUAGUCCCUCAACAAAAACGGUAAAAACCAAAUAGUGUACCUCGCUCUUUUUUUCAUUUUCUUUUUUUACUGGGUUCAUUUUAAAACUAGUUGAAUUGUUCUUUUUUUUAAGCUUCAGGUUUUUUUAAUUAACACAUUAUAAAAGUUUAGUAUUGAGAGAUCGCAUGUUAAAACUUUACACAAUUUGUAAACUGGUGUAAAGAAAUUUACUUUUGAAUUGUGAUAAGCUAAUGGGAUCAUAUCUGAUGAUAAUCUAUUUCUAGUGUUAUUGAAUCUUUUUGUUACAUUCUCAUUAUUACUAAAACAAAGUAUGUUUAGAAAUUAACAUUAGAUUACUUACUGGAUCAAAUUGAAUAAAAUAACACUUUUACUUAAAGUAUUUAACCUCCGGUUCAUUUAAUAAUAUUUAUAUACAUUCUAAUAAUAAUUAUUAUUUUAAACAAGGCUAACUUAAGAUGAAAUUUAUUGCACACAUGUAUUCAAAACUUCAUUAAAGUCACAAUUAAUUUUAAUCUUAGCUUUACACAAAUAACUCUGGUAAUGAUCUGUAAAUAUUUAUAGUAUGAUAAUGCACUGCAAAUUCCAAAUUUUGUUGGAGGUAACAAGGCCUAAAGUUUAUUUGUGGCCAUUAUCUAUCAAUUGAAUCUAAAUAGUCUUUAGACUAAACACCACAGAAAUGAAUUUUUCUAAUAAAUAAAUAUUUUUGUAAUAAGUUGUCUUGUAAAUCGUGAUUAUUUUUUUGUUCUAUAUUUAUUA